AUUUUUGUCUUCCCUCUAAAUCUAAUUAAAUCAAUCUAAUAUAAACUGCAAAAGUUUUUUAGUGUCUUUAAAGAGAGAAAAAGUUUAGAAGAUAUUUGCUUACAUGUAUCAUUCGUGAUAAUUUUGAUAUAAUUGGAAGAUGGAAUGUGCUGUAACAUCAACCCAGGUUAUUUGCCCUCAAAAGGACCGUAAUGAAGUGUAUAAAAGUGACUAUGACCUGGACUUUUGGAAGGAAAUAAAGAAACGCUGGAUGGUGCUUGGAGUCUUGACGACAAUGGCUCUUGCUGUUUUGGCGCCGAAUUACGGGGCUCCCGGAGGCAACUACAAGCAUGCUCACGUAGAUAUUUCUAGAACGCAUUGCACCCAUUCGCCCAUGUAUAUUUCACAUGGAAUACAUAAGCCACAUUCCUCGGACGUACAUAUAUUAUAAUGCGGGUCGCACACGCGUGCAUGCAUGUCGCAUCCGCAUGUACGCUUUGACAGCGCUCCAUGCACAUGUCGUUGCAUUCGUUCUGUCCGCUGUCACUGUUAACGCACUGUCAGUUGCGCUGGAUAGACGAGUUAUUGAAGGUGCGAUAUUAGCGUCUCUGGCGCGCCCAUGCGCGUGGCUGCCGCUCUCGCUCAGCAGGGAUGGUGUCACGGCAUCGUUAGCUGCCACUAGCUAUGCGAUGUCAUUCCUGUUCUCGCCACUUGCUCAUCUUUUGUUGUGUGGACGUGUACCGCUGCCAUCCUUGCGAGGAGUAGCUAUUACGGUGUCAGCAGCUCUUGUGCCAUUCGCGAUCGGGAGUUUGUCUCCGAAAAUGGAAAUCGAUGUGACAAUAAACAAGAUAUCAGCUCUAGCAAUACUGUACAGCGAGUGUUGCUCGCUGCUGAGAGAAGCAGAAGGCAGUUUGUACGUUAUUGAUGUAAUGGCAACACUGUUUUUAGUUAUAAGCUGGCUGACGACAGUGGCCGCGUCCAGCUAUCUGUACGUGAAGUGUGGACUUCUCACGCUGACCGAAGCCCACGUUUUGUUGCUGGUAGCUACGCCGAAGUCAACUCAUAUUGAGUGGGCGGCGCCCCCGUGCGCGGCGGCGGGGCUGGCGCGCCUGCCGGCCGUGGUGGGCGCGCCGACGCAGGCGCUGCUGCUGGCGGCGCUCGCCCCGCCGCGUCCGCGCGACCAGCUGCCCACCUAGAGAGCUCACUUCCAGCUGGCCUUCCUGCUCACGAGUGUUGAAAAUUUGUUUUAUGCAUCGAAAGUAGACUGAAUUUUUUACCUAUUGUCAUUUUUUUUCAAAUCGAUUGACGUCAAUGUGUAUUCUGUUGGCCCUAAUGGUCUCGACUGCGUCCCCGGGCGAGAGGGUGAGUCAUCAGUCAGAGUCAGUUAAUUACUCAAACCGGAUGCGGUCCCGACUCGCACAUAGGAAUCCUAGGAAAAAUAAUUCUCUACAUCUUAAGCAGAUUUAUGUGUAUAAACCUUAUUUAUAUAAACAAACAGGACAGAAUCUGCUUGGUUUUUAUAAUUUAACAUAGUCGGCUACAAAACCAAUAGCUUUGAAAUUUAUUACUAUUGUUAUAAAUUAAAAAUUGAGGCAAUUUUUGGGGCCUUAAGUAGAUCUUAAUAAUUCAUUACAAUAUAAACAGCUAUUAUAUAAUAACACUAUAGUCGAAUCCAAUGGAAGAGCAAAGAUAUUGGUCGUGAUCUAAAUCAUGUGGUAUUAAUAACGGAUUCGUGAAAAAAUGGCGUUUUGAACGUCGACGACAUUAUCAGAACUGGAAGUAAAAUAAUUGUGGAUAAUUUAUCUUUAUUUAUAACACAACACUAUUCCAGUGUUGUGUUAUAUUAAUAAUAAAGAUAAAUUAAUCGAGAAAUAUUUGUGGGGAAUGUAGCAGAGUAAAUCGUUUAUCUUCAGCCAUUUGAAUAUUAUAGUUCAGAAAUCCGGGCUGUAUUGUUGUUAUAUGAAAUAUUUUAUAUUAUAAAAAAUGUGAUAAAUUUUUCAUCCAACUUUACCAAUUUUUGCUGCAAUAUCCAUUUUUGACUUCUAACCAGUUUAUAGCAAUAUUAUCUAUAGCAAUGAACUACUUGUGGUAUAAGGGUGUGGUAUAUGGAUUGGUGCUUAAGCUUGAGGAGCUAAGUUUUUCAAUCAAAAGUUAAUCUCCUUAUUCCAUACAGAAGCGAUACAUUUUAUUGGGCUUUUGUUCAGAAAUGCUUAGCAGCAAACCAAAGUUUAGAAGUAAUUAUACUUCGAUGCCUCAGAAAGCACGUGACGCCAUAAUUCCUGCCAAUUAACUCUUAAAUCGUUUCGGAUUUGCCGUCCCAUUAAGUGAAGCAAUAGAGUACACCUGUGUUUGCGCACAUACUUGUGCACUAUAAUAUGUCCUGCGCAGUGCUUAGCUUAGUCUAUCGAGAAUGGCCUUGAGAGUGAAUCUUGUACGUCGUAAUCCUCUGGUCCUCUCUAUGAUAGCUUAUUCGAAGUUCCACCAAUAGUAACGUAAUGCAUUCACUCCGUCUCAUUAUGCUCAAGUUUUCAAUAUUUAUAUAACAUUGCUUAAGUAUUUUUCCAUCCUUUAGGGCUAUUCUGUACGAACAAACUCUUAACUCGUGGUAGAAAAAGGUCUUAAAGGUCAAAUAGUGAUAUGCGACAUUGGCCGUAAUAAUGAUAACAUUUCAAGAAUAAACGCGUCAAAAUAGUAUACCACCAUAAGUCGGUUGGCAACAUUUCACUGGUGAGUUAAGUGAGUUCUUACAGAAUAGCACCGCUGUGCUGUUACUUAACUGAUAAUUGUUAAUAAAAUAUUUUUAAUGUAA